AGGGAGGCUGCAAUCUUAACAAAUGUUGGCAAGCUAUUAGAGAGGCGGGGAAAAGAGUUUCUGGGUUCAAGGUAUAAGGAUCCCAUUUCAAAUUUUUCUGAUUUCCAGGAAUUUUCUGUCACAAACCCUGAGGUCUACUGGAGAACAAUAUUCAAUGAGAUGAAUGUAUCUUUUUCGAAUCCUCCAGAAUGUAUUUUCCAUGAGAAUGUGCCAGGAGGAGGGCAGGUUUCACAUCCGGGUGGUCAAUGGCUUCCUGGAGCAUAUGUGAAUCCAGCAAUGAAUUGUUUGAGUGUUAACUCUAAGAGGAGUUUGGAUGAUGCAUCGAUAGUAUGGCGUGAUGAAGGAAAGGAUGAUCUGCCUGUGAACACAAUGACACUUGAGGAAUUGCGUUCAGAAGUUUGGUUAGUAGCUCAUGCGCUUAAAGAACUGGGUUUGGAGAGAGGAUCUGCAAUUGCAAUUGAUAUGCCAAUGCAUGUCCAUUCGGUCGUUAUCUACCUAGCUAUUGUUCUUGCAGGCUAUGUUGUUGUAUCUAUAGCUGAUAGUUUUGCUGCUGGUGAAAUAUCAACAAGACUCAAAAUAUCAAAAGCUAAAGCCAUAUUUACGCAG